UUUCAGGCUCCACCAAAAGAAGUUCCCAAGACAAUAGAAAACCAGAGAAUAUACGAUGAAACUACAGUCAACCCAGAGGAUGAGGAGGUGGCUUUUGAUGAAGGAACCGAUGAGUUCUCUGCUUACUUCAGUCGGCUGACAAAUCCUAAAGUUCUCAUCACCACAUCAGACAGGCCCAGAGGAAGGACCGUGAGGUUUUGUGAGCAGCUGGCUACAGUGAUCCCACACGCUCAUGUGUACUACAGAAGAGGUCUGGCUUUGAAGAGAGUCAUUCCACAGUGUGUAUCUCGAGGUUUCACUUAUGUGAUGGUGAUCAAUGAGGACAGAAAAGUGCCAAAUGGUUUGGUUCUCUGUCACCUUCCUGAUGGGCCAACUGCACAUUUCAAAGUUAGUAAUGUUCGUCUUCGCAAGGAAAUGAAGAGAAGAGGUAAGGAGCCAACGGAACACAUCCCAGAAGUCAUCCUUAACAACUUCUCUACUAGACUCGGUCACUCCAUCGGCCGGUUGUUUGCUGCUCUGUUUCCUCAUGAUCCACAGUUUGUGGGCCGUCAGGUUGCCACAUUUCACAAUCAGAGAGACUUCAUUUUUUUCAGGUUUCACAGGUACAUCUUCAAGAAUGAAAAGAAAGUGGGGAUACAGGAGCUAGGACCUCGCUUCACUCUUAAACUUCGCUCUUUACAGAAAGGAACCUUUGACUCAAAGUUUGGGGAAUAUGAGUGGGUUCACAAGCGCCAUGAGAUGGACUCCAGCAGAAGAAAAUUUCAUCUUUAAGGGACAGACUUCAAACACAGGACAGCCAUGUUGACGUUUCAUUAAUUAUCUAAAAAUCUCUUAUGGAAAGAAAGUGUUGUAGAAACACAAGCUUUGUCUUUACUGUAUUAUAUUUUCUGCUAAGCAUUUGUUCAUAAAAAUAUUAUAACCAGACUGGACACAAAGAGGCUUGGUGUGUCAAGGCAUGACAAAUAAAUCAAGUUAAAUACA